AUGGCGAAACCAAAGAUUAUUAUCAGUAGUGAAGAAGAAGACGAAUCAAACACAAAUUUUUCAGAUGAAGAGUCGCCACUAGAAACAGAUUCAAAUGACAAUGAAGACAUAGAUGCUUAUGAUGAGGAGGAGGAUUACCAACCACAACGCAACAAAUCAAGAUCCGCAGCUCAAAGUAGACAAAGAAAGGCAGUUUCUAGAUCCGAGGAUAUUCUGGGAGAAGAGGAAGAGGAUCUUGAUAAAGAAUUGGCAAGUUUGAGUAACGACGAAGAGGAAGAAGAAGAUAUGGACGCCAACUUUGAAAAUGAGCCCUCGGACAUGGACGAUGAUUUGGAACCAAAGGAUGAUAAUGAGUAUGGUGAGCGUGAUGUACCAUUGAAAAGAGGAACUACACAGGGGAAAGGUAAAAAAUCAAUCAAGAUUAAAAUCAAACCACCCACGAGGAAAGACGGAAAAGCCGUGAGUGAUAUCCCAUCCACCACAUUAGGAAGUUCGAGAAACACGCGAAAAAUACAGAUGAACUACUACCAAGACGAUGGAGAUGACUUUUCUGAAGAUUUGUCUGAGAUAGAAACCCCUCCAAAAGGUACCAAAAGAGUAAAAGUAAAAGCAGUACCUGUCCGUAAGCCGCAACAUCCAGAUUUGGACCCUGAACUACUACUUACAGAUGAGGAAGAAGAAUACAUUCCAAGCUCUGUCAAUGAUGUAUCCAAAAUGACAGAAAGGCAAAGAGCACGACUCAAUACUGACGUUUCUGGUGCAAUAGAAGACCCAUAUUUCGAAUUGGAUGCAAGUGGAAAGAAGCCAAAACAUAAGAAGGUUAAAGAGGAGACUGAAGAAGAAAUAGCAUUGAGAAAAGCCGAGAAUGCACGAAAGAGGCAGGAUUAUAAGAAUAAGAUUUUGGAAGAGGAGAAACGAGAUACAUUAAAUAAGCUAUUGAAAAGAAGAGCAACAAAAUCAAGGGAAACCAUAGCUGAGGAUAAAGAAGGAUCGGUUGGAAUUGAUGAAGAUUCAAAGUCAUACUAUAAGGAAAGAAGGGCAACCUUAAAUCACCCUGCUUUGAUACGUUAUGUUAACAAUACAACUUCUUUAAAUGGUAAUUCAGUACUUGCUUAUAAAUAG